UCUGCAAUUUAGUUAAUCAAAAUGUUUAUCUGGUCAGAGAUAGGAAAACGGCAACUUAGAUGAAUACAAAAGUCUUUAACUGUUCUAAUGAUUUGUAUUAAUAAUCUUUUUUCUCUAUGGCCAUUAAUGAAGCGUGGCACUCCUUGGAGCGAUGGCACUCAGGGAAUAACGCAGUGUCCAAUCCUUCCUGGGGAAACUUUUACAUAUCAAUUUGUUGUUGAUAGGGCUGGAACAUACAUGUAUCACGCUCACUACGAGAUGCAAAGAUCAGCAGGGCUGCAUGGCUUGAUAAGAGUGCUGGUUCCUGAAGGUACAGUGGAACCAUUUUCAUAUGAUGAAGAAAGAAGCAUCGUCGUUAAUGAUUGGUGGCAUAAAAGUGCAAUUGAACAGUCUACAGGGCUUUUAUCAUUGAAUUUUAGCUGGGUUGGUGAGCCACAGUCUCUGUUGAUCAAUGGGAGGGGGAGAUACAACUGCUCAUUGGCUGGAACUACUGAUGUGUGUGAUAUGACAAAUACUGAAUGCUUGCCUUUUGUGUUGACAAUGGUUCCUGGGAAGACUUAUCGAUUGAGGAUCGCGAGCCUCGCUUCCCUUUCUGCGUUGAAUUUGGAAAUAGAGGGGCAUGAUAUGAUUAUUGUUGAAGCUGAUGGUCAUUAUGUAGAUCCGGUCAUAGUGAAGAACCUAAAUAUCUACUCUGGUGAGACAUAUUCAAUUAUAGUAAAGGCUGAUCAAGAUCCAUCAAGGAAUUAUUGGAUCGGACUCAAUGUUAUUAGUCGAAAACCGGGCACUCCUACCGGCACAUCUAUUCUUAACUAUUAUCCCAUUAGUCCAUUUAAGGUACCUCCAACCUUACCACCGACUGGUCCAUUGUGGAAUGACACGUUGUAUCGAUUCAAUCAGACCAAGUUGAUCAAAUCACAUCCAGAUCAUAUCGAACCUCCACCACCCACAUCAAAUCGUGUCAUCAUCCUCCUCAACACUCAAAAUAAGGUUAAUGGCUAUAUUAGAUGGUGUGUCAACAAUGUGUCAUUGAACCUACCCACCACACCAUAUUUAAUAGCAAUUAAAGAAAAAUUGCGACACGUUUUUAGCCAAAAGCCCGCCUUAGAGACCUACAAAUACAAAAAUUAUGACAUCCAUAGUGUGUUAAAAAACCCUAAUGCAACAUUAGGCAACUCAAUCCAUAGGUUGGAGUUCAAUUCUACAGUAGACCUCAUCCUUCAGAAUGCAAAUGCACUGAGCUCAAACAUAAGUGAGACGCACCCGUGGCAUUUACACGGGCAUGACUUCUGGGUGUUGGGGUAUGGAUUGGGCAAAUUUGACCCACAAAUCGACCCAAAAAACUAUAAUUUGGUUGACCCGAUUCAAAAGAACACGGUGCCAUUGCACCCUUACGGGUGGACGGCAUUGCGGUUCCAGGCUGACAAUCCGGGCGUAUGGUCUUUCCACUGCCACUUGGAAGCCCAUUUCUUCAUUGGCAUGGGAGUUGUUCUAGAGGAAGGAGUGGAGAGGCUGGGAAAGCUGCCCAAAUCUAUUAUGGGCUGCGGUCAAUCGAAGUCACUUGUGAGAACUUGAAGUAUGAGGUUGCUUUGCCGGUCUUAAGUUUUCUGCUGGCUACGAUAUAUUUUUUUAAAAUUUAUUAUUGGUGUUAGGUGCAAUAUUCAUGAAUAAAAUUGCAAAACUUUUUCUUAAUUUUCUUUUGAGAAAUCGACCAACAUGA